AUGAUGAAACAUUUAUUAAAAACAACCAUAAUAUUAUUUUUAUUUAUUCUUCUAUAUUAUGUUAUAUUUAAUAUUUCAAAUUACUCUUUGAUUUUUAAUAGAAUAUACCAUUUAUCAUUACAUAAAAAAACAAUAAAUUGUAGUAUCAUAGAUGAAAGUUUUCUACCAAAAAAUAAACUUUUAUCAUCUCAAAAAGUAUGCAUAAAACCUUUCUCACCAUUUUAUCCACGUUUUCGUGUAUCAACAAAAUACAAAAUUAAUUAUUGUGCUAUUGAUAAAAAUUUUUCCACAAUGAUGACAGCAAUAAUAUGUUUCUUGAAUAAUGAGACAAAAUAUAUCUUGUCAGGGAAACAUUUUAAAGAUGAAAUUUUUGGGAGGAGAUCUUGUGGUUUGACAAAUGAGGGAACUUCUAUUGAAGAGUUGGAGAAAAAAUUUAAUAAAAAUGAUAUUAAUGGGGAGUGGAGUUAUUUAGCUAUUAUAAGAAAUCCUAUAGAAAGAUUUAUAUCUGGUUUUGUUGAUAAGUGUGUUCUAAACAGAGAAUGGAUGAAAAAACCUGGUAUAUGUGGUGGUUGUAAAAUGGAUAUGAAAUGUUUCAUUGAAAAGAUAUACGAUAGAAUGUAUAGGAGAAGUUAUAAUGGAGAAAGAUUAAAUAAUUUUGAUGAUCAACAUUUUUUUCCCCAAAAUUGGCGAUGUGAGUUUUAUAAAAAUUUUAAAAAAUUUUAUUUUAUUAAAUAUUCCUCAUUAGAAAGUAGGAAAAGUAAUUUUAUUGAAAAUCUUAUAAAUUAUUUUAAAUCAAAACAUAUACCAAAAGAAUCUAUUAAUUUUAUAAUAAAUGAAAUUAAUAUUGGAAGAACUUUUCAUUCAACCUGGAACAGUACAGAUAAAAUUUAUUUUACUAAUUUACUUUUAAAUGAUAAUUAUUUAAUUGAUAUAUUUACAAAAAUGUAUUAUUAUGACUUUAUAUUAUUUAAUUUUUCUCUUCCUAUAUUUAAAGAUUAA